GACGCCCAGCGCCGCGACGCUAUGACGCCAGGGGAUCGUCGACCGCGAUCUGUCCCGCGCGCGAGCUCGCAGCAGCAGCCACAGCAGUCCGACUAUUAGCUGGUUGAGGUUUUAUGAAUGAAAAUUCCGUCCGAGCCGCGAUGCUGUGUCAUUGUUGCACCGGCAGCUGCAGUUUCCUGCCGUCGUCAGCUGAUCCAGUACCGCAUCAUCAAAGCUAGACUGAGAUAGAUAGACGUCUAUCCACGCGCCCGAGUUGUACAUACAAUACAUAUACAUACACAUACGCAUACGUACAUACAUACAUACAUACAUACAUACAUACAGAUAAUACGUAAAGAGAAGAGUCAACAUAGUGGCCAUACAAGAUGGGCAAGAAGAACAGCAAGCUCAAGCAAGACACGAUCGACCGGUUGACCACAGACACGUAUUUUACCGAGAAGGAGAUCCGGUCAUGGCACAAGGGUUUCCUCAAAGACUGUCCGGACGGGCUGCUAACGGAGCAGGGCUUCAUCAAGAUCUACAAGCAGUUCUUCCCCCACGGCGACCCCUCGAAAUUCGCCUCGCUGGUCUUUCGGGUCUUCGACGAGAAUAACGACGGGACGAUCGAGUUCGAGGAGUUCAUUAGAGCGCUGUCGGUGACGUCGAGGGGCAACCUGGACGAGAAGCUACACUGGGCCUUUCGACUCUACGAUGUCGAUAACGACGGCUUCAUCACGAGGGACGAGAUGUACAACAUUGUCGACGCGAUCUACCAGAUGGUGGGUCAGGCGCCGCAGGCCGAGGACGAAAAUACGCCCCAAAAGAGGGUCGAUAAAAUCUUCGAUCAAAUGGACAAGAAUCACGACGACAAGCUGACCCUCGAGGAAUUUCGAGAGGGUAGCAAAGCCGAUCCAAGGAUUGUACAGGCCUUAUCGCUCGGCGGCCCGCCCAUAGACGGCUGAUGACUACUUCCGCCGCUAUUCCGCCUAAUGCCAGUACUUCUUUUCGAUAAAGCCCGCCGACUCUGGCUGCUCGGCCCAAGGCCACCGCCACCCCCUAACGACUCGUCUCGCCGGAAAAUGAGAGAGAGAGAGAUACGCCAGCUAUGCAUAAUUAACGAGAAGAGCAUCUUUAUUUUCGGAGCCGCACCGCCGCCGCCACCGCCGCCGCUGCAGCCAAGGAGGAACCACUGCGGGAAGCUGUGUGUAUACUCUCGCGCUUAUCGAUCGGCGCGAGCCGCCCUCUGCUGCUACUCAUCUCUCCCUCUCGCUAUAUACACGCACACUCUCUCGCCCACCUUUUAUGCGACUCUACCCCCCUCCUCGCGCACCCGCACACCUACACACUGCACACACAACUGUACACGCCUCCGCUGCUGCUGCUGCUGCGGCAUUUAGUCUUAUUUCAGCUGUUGACCGGCGCUGCAUUCACACUACUGCGAUUACGCGCGCGCGCGCGCUCAUUCAUGUCGCUUCGACACGGCUGUGUACGCUCUAUAUGCGCGGCAAUCUCUUUCUCUCUGCUCUCCUUCCGAAGGGGUCGGAAAAGAAACUAGGAAAAUUCAGGACAAACGAGGCAAGCCAGUUAAACUUUAAUAACUGUCGUUCGCAAUAUUUCAGGAGAAAUUUAAUAAACUUUCCGUCCGUGCUUGAGCGCACGCAAACACACAUACACACGCGCGCGUACACACGAAAGCUCACAAUCGAUACCAUGCUCACUCCGCCGGAGCAUCUAUACAUACGCUUAUGUAUGAUCCUCGCGCUAUACUGCGCCGUGUACUAUUGAAAAAAAGCUCGGCUUGCGACGAAUUUUAAAUCUUCGCUCUUUCCAACUCCGUUCCUCCCCCCCAGUCCAUAUAGUAUAGUCGUGUAAUUGCUGCGCAUCCGACAAGGACGCUCGUGAAAACGAGCUUGCAUUAUCUCUUCUCUCUCGCGCCCCCGCUUUAUAGUCUGCACGCUUAUAGGCAGCUAUUCAAAUGCAUCUCCCGCGACUUAUAUAGACACACACACGCACACACACAGCUACAAAACGACUUGUUUCUUUUUUUCCGCUCGACUUAUUCUUUUCUGCUUUUCGAGGCCACACACACUUCUUCUUCUUUUCUUCUUCUCCUUUUCUUGACUUUUAAUAAAUAAUCUCUGUGUGUUAUAUGCUAUGACCGUUUUUUUUUUUCUGGCGCGCGCCACAUCGCGACUGUAAACUCGCUGAGCAAAACGAUGCGGCAGUGGUAUAAAUAAUUAUUACACACACACACACACACACAUGCCUACAAGUGCGCGCGCGUAUAGAACUACUCACGGCGUACACACUUAAUUGACUUACCCAAAGCGAGCUUCGAUCCGAUCUACUUCGAACAUAUUCAGUCAAUUUCUAUUAUAAUAUAUCGCGCGACGAAGAGCCAAUGUUAUCGCGCUUACAUAUACUCGUAUAGGCGAGUCGAGAAUGCACGUUUAUAUGCCUGUAGAAAUAUGAAAACCUCGUCUCGGUAUGUAUAGUAGAGUUCAAAAUAAGCUGCGCGCGGGCUUCGAUUCCAUCCAGAGAUUCUUGAUACAUUUUAUAGCGUUAUUAGGAAGCGCAUAUCGCAUAACAUUCUAUAAUAUUGUCGUUUUCUAUAUACUUCCCUCUCUCUGCUGUGCGCCAAUCGCGUAGGCUUUGCUUCGUCCUAUAUCAAACGUACGUUACACAUCGUUCGAGGAAAGUAUAUUGCUGAAAGCGCUACAAGUUCAUCAACAUCAUUUAUCGAGCCACAUUACGGUAUAUACGUAUUAUACACGUCUAUACUGCGCACACACGUACACCCACUACACGCACAUAAUUUAUAGUAUUACAGUCCAUUUCAAGGCGUUUUUACGAUUUAUAGAGGGCAGAAGACCUGUCUCGUAAAAUUUAUGCCGUGAAAUCCAGGGAGAUAUAUUGGAGCGCUAACACAAACACGUAUACAUGAACACGCAAAUUAACCUUGUUGAAAAUCUCUCGAGAUGUUAGGCCCGAAAUCAUUUUUUAGGAAAUAGUUUAUGUCGUUGUUGAGCAAUAUAACUUUAAUUUUUAUACUUAUAUUAUAUCGAGGAAAAUAAUUAACACCAAUUCGAUGAAAUAUACUAUAUAUAUAUACGUAUACAUAUGACUUUGGCGUUGCGUAUUUUUUCAACUUAUAGAAUUGAGCUUCUCUAUAUAAUUAAAUACAAUCAUAAUAUAAACAUAUAGUGAGCAUUGUUACCGAUAGCGGUUAUUGACAGAAAACUGAUAAUCGUACAUAAGCAUGACUAUACACGUUACGAAGCAAUUUAAUACAUGUAGGAUACUAUGAUAAACGUAUCUUAUCACAAAUGCAGAGGCUGCUUAUGUGAAUUCGCUUUUUUCUGCCCGCAAUGAGUUGAAUAAAUUUUACAAUAUAUACUUAAUACUUUUAUGCGAAAUGACGCGUAAGAAAAAUAUACGAAGAUUUUCUAUAAAGACGCACACUCUCUCGAUAACUUAAAAGACACAGCUCUUAAUUCUGCACAAAUGUUUAAUAACGAUUUUCCGAUCUAUCAGAACAAUCAUCAUUCCGAGUUUUCUUCAAAGUACUAUAUGAACGUAGGAUAGUAAAAUUGAAUGUGAAAUCCAACGCUUUAAUUAUCGAUAUUCGACUCUAAUAAUAUAUCCGAUGCAGUUGAGUACAACUGCUUUUGAUUUCGUAUAGAACGCACAUAGCUUAAUUCGUUAUACUACUACGCUAAGGAUAAUCACUUUAUAUAACUCUAAUGAUGUUAAUGAAAAGAAAUUCUCUAUAUCACAUCGUGAAAAGAAUUACAUUUUUCAAACGCUGAAUAUAGAGUGGCAAUAAUAAACAAGAUCGGAGGUUGCGCAAGUAUCACAGCGGUACGAAAAUCUAAUUAGUCCAGUUUACUCUUGAUGAGAGUAUCGAUCGUGAAAACGUUAAAAAUACAUGCGGAACCUUACUGUCGAACUAAACAAGUAGUAUAUACGAAUUCGUUUGUUUUUUUAACAUCUUAAAACGUUUCUUAUGGUUACAUGAAAGUAAAAAAUUAUAUCUGGCAAGCGGCAUUUAUCACAAUUCGUAAACCGAUGGAAUAGAUGUCGUAUCGAAACAAAAUGAACGCGUCCAAAACAUCAUUGAACAUUUAUGUUAGAUCAUUGACAGACGUAAUUUCUUAUUGUUUUUUUUUAAGUCCUGGCUGAUGACGUAAUAACGUAAGUUUUAAAUGAAAAAAAAAGUAUAUAAACAAACUGAGUGGGUGUACUGUACAUACACCUCGAUGUCAUUGUACUUUAAAUUACAUAGCGACAGAACUGAUUAUGAUAUAGCAUUAAGAGACGAUAAGUAGUCCUUUGAAAGAUAUGAAAUUCACGGUGAAAAUUUAUUUUUUGCUCGAAAGUAGACUAUGUCUUUUAUUUGUAAGAGAUAUAAAAAAAUGAACAAAAAAAUGGUUUUAAAAAAUAAAUCCUGAAUCUCCGAAAACCUACAUAAAUUGCAGCUACGUACGUACCCUAUCUCUAAUCUCUCUGACAUUCUACACGUAUCUCAAUACAAUCUAUUAAAGUUUUAACGACAAAAAGGUUGGCAAAUUUUCGGCGUGUGUUGCCAAUGAACUCGACUUGCGAUAAAGAAAUUUUCCUGUCUAUAAAGCGCAUCACCUACUGUUACAAAACUUGAACUUGAACUUGAUCUUGAACUUAAAUUAAAAGUACUUACGCCUAUAGGCAUUGGUAAAAUAACACAAACGUGUAUUAUUAUAAUAAUAAUCAACAAUAAUUCACGAUCAUUAUUUUAUAAACUUUCUGUGAUAAUUAUUAACAAUCAAUAAGUAACGGCGAAUGGUUAUAAUUAGAAAGCGAUGAAAACAUACAUAUAAUACCGACGUUGUGAUCUGGAUACUUAUAUAAUAUAUAUAUAUAUACACAUAAUAUAUAUUUAAAAAAAAUGAAAAAUGUUGCAUGCUAAUAACAGAUAAUAAAGUUUCUGAACACAAAUUAUAUUGUUAAAUGUGCUGCUGAGGAAAUUCGCGUUCCUACCAUUUGUAUAAGAAUUUGUCACAAUGGUUGUUAAUUCGUCUAAAGCUAAAAAGUAUUCGGUUACAUUGUGCACGAACGCAAUAUAUAAAUUGUACAUUGUAGGUGUAAUGCUCGAUUGAUAUACACCCAAAGCCUUGUUUCCGAUGUUAUCACGCGUUCUUGGCCGCACCUACAACUGCAGAAAAUUUUUAUUACAAGAAAAAAGAACAAAGAAACAAAAUGUAACGACGACCUGGUAAUAAACAGCUUGGAAAUUGAGCUUUUUUCGGUACAGUAUAAAGUGUUCGGAAUUCCAUGCGUCACGAUGAUGGCUGUUGCAACUGCCGUCUGUGCGACACUGGCAAUGGCAGUACAACGAUGUAUGAGCGACGAUGACAAUGAGAGAGUAUGGAAUGGAAAAGCGAACGAGAAUAAGCAAUGUCAGUGUCAGACAAUGAUGCAAUAACCUGAAGCUUUUUAAGAGCGCCAACAUGACUAAAUAAUUAUAUACACCUGACUGUAUAGGAUAGUAGAGCUGCUGCCUCUACGCGGUAAUAGACGAGCUGAAAAAAGAAGCUGAUGAGAGCAAAGCACAUCGCGAGAGAGAGAGAGAGAAAGAAAAAUGUAUAACGCUAAGCAAAGCGAGAGAUGCCCUAUCCUCGUGAAAUAAACGCCGUGUCUUGCUAGGAGAUAAUCGUUCUAGUUUGUUACGCUAAUCUGUUAAAUGUUGCGCCUUCUACGAUUGUCAGCGAUGACGAUGGGCAAAUUAAAUGAUGAAAACAAAAACAAAUUAUACCUUUGAACGUUGCUCGUUUUAAACAAAUUAUUAAGCGCAUUGUUAUUUUUUAUGGUCCCAUACAUUUUUUCUAAACUAUAUUGUAAAACACACACGGUAUGGUGACGACGUGUAUUAAUAAAAAUCAUUUUAAGCUAA